GGUUCUCAUUCAAUUAAUGCACUUUUCAGAGUGGAAAACGUAUGGCAAAAUAUAUAAAGUUUAUAAACAUCGUCUACCACAAAAGCAGAUUUUUCAUAUUUUUUGUCGUAAACAAACUAUCCACAACAAGAUCGUAUAUUUAAUCUUCAAGUGUUAACCUUCCUUCAAAAAAUGUUGAACACAUUUCAUUCACUAUUCAUUGAGAUAUAGAGCAUUGAAAUGUUGGUCAAUAAAUGACCAAGUUUUACCAACUCUUAGAAGACUUUUUCGAUCUGGCAAAAUAUGUCACUAUGUAGCUUUACAAUAAGUCAAAAUUUUAGUGACUUGUAAAAAACGAAAAACUAUAAACAAUUGAAUGAAACAUAUUUUUGAAGAAAAAAUCGCUGUACAGUUAACUAUUUGAUACACUGUAGCUAUCUUUCAUCAGUCAUUAUUGUUGGGGGAUGAUAACCUUUCAGCACACGCUUGUUGUACGAGAAAGGCAAAAAAUGAUCCGGUUUAAAGUUUUUUUUUAGAUAAAUGCAAAUGUAUUGUGAUUUUUUUUGAAGAUGGUAGACAUAUCGUAGCCACCGUUUGUUGUGCCAAAAAGAAUGCCUAACAGAGAAGCGCAUCAUGGUACGAAGUAUGUAUUCUACCCGAAAGGAAACCAUAUUAACAGCACAAAAAGAAGGUGUGUUUGGGAACCUCCAAACAUAUGGGAUUUCAAUAUAGCUCGAAAUGGGUUCACCAAAUGAAGAAUGUGUUCAGAACUUGUUUGACCGUAGAAACGAACGAUGAACUGUUUGCAUAGAAGUUUUGGGCGUCUGACGUAACAGUGAGAAUAUAACGCAGGAUCAAACAAGUUUUGCUUCAGUCCUUAGCAGACACUCCAAGUUGCUAGUGAUAGAAAGUCGCUUAAUAGUCACCUUCUUUCCAAGAUGUUACGUGCAAUUCUGGUUAGCGCAAUCGUGCUGAAUGUAAGUGUAUUCUUGGUGUCCGGAGCUCCAACAAACCAAGUAGCAAACUUUGCACUGCCCAUAGUGAAAAAUAACUAUCACCAUGCAUUUGAUUUGGGUCAUAGGUUCAAUGUCAAUCAAGACAACAGGCAAAAUACUUUGCGGCAAAAUUGGCAGAAUAACCCAGAAAUAGAGAUAAUCAAAACAAUACUCUACGCAUCCGUGCACCUUGAUACGACUGUCACCACCCUACUGCCACAGUCAGCUGGUGCUAGUUUUGGAGCAGCUCCUUCUGGCGGUUUUUCUGCCGGUGAUGUGGAAGGUGAAAUGCCACCAACAUCAAUGAUUGAUCCCAAACUAUUGUGUUCGUUGUGCGGAAAAUAAAGCAUGAUAGUUAAUCCAAAUUAACACGAAAAGUUGUAAUUUUUACAUAGCCUUCCUAAGUGUGACACGCAGUAAAUUUAUUGGGAAGUUCUUCGAAAGCCAUAAGAUCAAAACGGAGACUAGCUUGCAAAAAUAAGACACACAGUGUAUCAUCAUCCAAACGGUCCAGUACAUCUUACCAUUAGACGACGAACAGUUGCAACACCGGGGUUUUUC